UAAAGUGGCCGAUCUUGGAUAAGAUUAUUAGAUCAAAAUCUAAAACAGAAGUAUAAUUAAUAUAAGUUAUUUAUAAUUCAAUAUUUUGUAAGGAAAAUGAAUUAUUUGCUUUACUUUUUUCAACUUGUUUUAAUACAGUACGCAACAGCACAAGUCAUAACCCUAGGAGGACGAAAUUUCCUAAACAAUCAAAACUGCGGUAACCUUCCUUUAGCAAGCAAUUUCGCCAACAACGCUGGUCUUCUAGCCAAUAUAGGUCAAACAGGCCAACUAUCUAACAGCAUUGUUGCACAGAAUAAUUUGGGACAAGAAUAUUUAAUUAGCAACACAAAUUAUGCUAACAACCUACCUAGCAAUAUGGGUUUGGCUAACAAUAUAGGGUUGGCUAAUGGCAAUAUUGGAUUGGCUAGUGGCAACAUUGGUUUGGCUACUAGCAAUAUAGGAUUAAGUAAUAUUGGCAGUGAAACCGUAGUUUACAAUAAAGCUCCAAUGUACGCUAAUGUUGUCAAACCUCCGAGGGAGUAUGGUAUAGAGUUUUCAUCAGGAGCUUUGUCAGUGGGUGGCAAUGUGGAAGUGAAUGGGAGAAUGCCGUUCAACGCCAAUGUGGCAUUGAACGGGGUAGUACCGGCGCAAGGAUCGGGCGCCGUAGAUUAUAAGUGUGACCAGUUGGGAGAUGAAGAGAACUAGAGUAAAUUACCCUAUAAAUAUGUUAGUGUUAUUAUUUAUUAAACUUAAAUAAAUGCAUGUAAAUA